AUGGCAUCAACUGACUUUUUAACUCAAGUAAAAUUUUAUUUGAAAUCUAUAAUAUUUGGAUCACUUAUAGCUGGUUGUGCACUUUAUGGAGUAAUAGCUUCUUUAAUUCUUAGACUAAUUGGUAAAGUCGAAUAUGCUCAAUAUACAGUAGCAAGAGCUUUUUAUUACACUUUCAAAUUCUUCCUUGGAGUUGACAUUAAAAUCAAAAAUGAACAUUAUUUAAAAGAUUUACCAGCUAUUGUUAUAUCAAAUCAUCAAUCUGCAUUAGAUAUACAUAUUUUGGGAAGAAUUUUUCAACCAGGAUAUACUGUAACUAGUAAAAAAUCGUUGAAAUAUGUACCAUUUUUAGGUUGGUUCAUGGCAUUAAGUGGAACUUUCUUUUUAGAUAGAGCAAAAUCAACAAAAGCCAAAAAAGUAUUAGACGGUGCAUUGGCAAGUUUAAGAAAAGAAAAAAGAGCAUUGUUCAUGUUUCCAGAAGGUACAAGAUCUGCUUAUGAAUCAUUACAAUUAUUACCAUUUAAAAAGGGAGCAUUUCAUUUAGCAAAACAAGCAAAGAUCCCAAUUAUACCAGUUGUUGUUUCAAAUACUUCCACCAUUUUUAAUUCAAAAAACAAAAUCUUUAAUAGGGGAGAGAUCAACAUUGAAGUGUUACCUCCAGUCUCUACUGCGGAAUUGGAAACAAAUGAAGACGUUUCUAAAUGUUGUGAAGAUGUCAGAAAUGACAUGUUGAAAGUCUUAAAAAAGAAUGGAUUUUCAACAGCACCAGGAGUCAAACCAAAUGAAGAAUAUGUUCCGCCAGAAAAUGAGAAUCCUACUGAUACUGAAGUUGAAGUAAUAAGUGAGGAAACUCCUUUAAUCUCGGGUGAUUAG